CUCUUAUAGCUAGAAACCAAAGUCUUCUCAUUCACUCAAUUUCCUCUGAUUUCUCAUCUCUAAUAAUCUUUCAUCAUCUAUCUCUUUGUCUUUCUCUCUCUAUCUCUAUCUCUAUCUCUAUCUCAACCUCUAACAAAUGGAGGUUUCCAUACCCAAAACCCAAAAGCUUAAAAUAAACUUAAAACUCUUCCUACAAAUAGCUUUUCCAUUAAUACUUCUUACAAUAAUCCCACUACAAUUAGCUAAAAACAUUUCAUUUAAUAAAAAGCCAUUAAUAAAACAAAUUACUACCCCUAAUUCAUACACUAAUAUUAAUAUUAAUAUUAAUGAAAAUGAAGAAAUUUCUAGUGUUCCAAAACAUGGGUCUUUACCUCCUACAAGGAAAAAAUGUGAUAUAUUUUCAGGGGAGUGGGUCCCAAAUCCAGAGGGUCCAUAUUAUACAAAUACAAGUUGUUGGGCUAUCCAUGAACAUCAAAAUUGCAUGAAAUAUGGAAGACCAGAUAAUGAGUUUAUGAAAUGGAAAUGGAAACCAGAUGGUUGUGAACUUCCUUUGUUUAAUCCAAGACAGUUUUUUGAGAUUGUAAGAGGCAAAUCUUUGGCUUUUAUUGGUGAUUCUGUUGCUAGAAAUCAAAUGCAAUCCUUGAUUUGCCUUUUAUCCCGGGUGGAAUAUCCAUAUGAUGUCUCGUACACAAAAGAUGAGCAUUACAAACGUUGGUGGUACCAAAACUACAACUUCACGGUAGCAAUGUUCACGAGUCCUUUCCUAGUAAAAGCUCAAGAAAACGAUCCAAACGGGCCAUCCGGAACAGGUAUAUUCGGGCUUUACCUAGACGAAGUCGAUGAGGCUUGGUCGAAACAAAUCGAUGAGUUCGAUUACAUUAUUGUAUCCGCGGGUCAUUGGUUCUUCCGAUCCAUGAUGUAUUACGAGAAAAAUAAUCUAAUUGGGUGUCGUUAUUGUCAAAUCGAGAACGUCACCGAUUACACCAUGACGUAUGGUUAUCAGAAGGCAUUCCGGACAGCGUUUCGAGCAAUUUUAGAGAGGGAAAAGUUCAAGGGAGUGGUGUAUUUAAGGUCAUUUGCACCAUCACAUUUUGAAGGAGGGGAAUGGAACAAAGGUGGGAAUUGCUUAAGGCAAAAGCCUUAUAAAAGUAGUGAAAUUAGUUUACAAGGGGUUGAUUUGGACUUGUAUAUGGCCCAAAUUGAGGAGUUUAAAGUGGCCCAAAAGUUGGGCCGACAAAAUGGGAAAAAGUUUAGGCUCAUUGAUUUGACCCAAACCUCAUUAAUGAGGCCCGAUGGGCACCCAAGUAGAUAUGGGCAUUGGCCCAAUGAGAAUGUGACUUUAUAUAAUGAUUGUGUCCAUUGGUGCUUGCCUGGGCCCAUUGAUACUUGGAAUGAUUUUCUACUUGAGAUGAUAAGGAGUGAAGGAGUACUAUCCAAGGAAGAUAUGAUGCUUCAUUCAAAGGAGAGAAAGUUGAAGAGUAGAUAAAUAUUUUGUGAUUUAAUUUAAAAAAUAUAUAGUCUUUUUUGAUGAAGUGAGUUAUUUAAAUUAUUAUUUAAUGGAUUUAAUUAGAUUGCAAAUGAUUAAAAUAUUUGUGCUUGUAUAGUUUGGAACAAAUUUCCCAAAUAAAGGGGGGUAAAUUAUGGAUUUGUUCA